GCUUUGAGUAUCACGUGGUACGUUUCGCGCGAAAAGCGACUCCCGGCAGGAAGAAGAAGUUUCCACACAAGAGGCAGAGACAGACAGACGCGCAGCGAUGGCGGAUUCCUCUGAGUCGUUCCACAUGGCCACCAGCCCCAGCCGAGCCUCCAGGAGAGGAGACCUGACGUCCAGCCCCGGACGAGACCUGCCGCCCUUCGAGGAUGAGUCGGAGGGGCUGCUGGGGGACGCGACCCUGCCCGGAGAGGAGGAGGAGGACGGAGACGGGGAGGAGCUGAUCGGGGACGGGAUGGAGAGGGAUUACCGUGCCAUCCCGGCGCUGGAUCAGUACGAGGCGGAGGGUUUGGACCUGGAUGACGAGGAUCUGUCGGAAAUGUCGCCUGGAGCCCGAGCCGCCGCCGAGGAGGCCAUGAGGAGGAGGGACAGGGAGCAGGGGAUCAGCGGGCGGCUGAGGAGAGGACUGCUCUACGACAGUGAAGAUGAGGAUGACGAGCGCCCGGCGGCUCGGCGAAGGCGACUGGCUGAGCGGGCAGCAGAGGGCGUCGACGGAGAGGAGGAGGAAAUGAUAGAGAGCAUCGAGAACCUGGAGGACAUGAAGGGCCACACGGUGAGGGAGUGGGUUUCCAUGGCGGCUCCCAGGCUGGAAAUCUACAACCGCUUCAAGAACUUCCUGCGGACCCACGUGGACGAAAACGGCCACAACGUCUUCAAGGAGAAGAUCAGCGACAUGUGCAAAGAGAAUAAGGAGAGUCUGGUUGUGAACUAUGAAGACCUCGCAGCCAGAGAGCAUGUUUUGGCCUAUUUCUUGCCUGAGGCUCCGACUGAGAUGUUGAAGGUGUUUGAUGAAGCGGCUAAAGAGGUGGUGCUCGCCAUGUACCCGAAAUACGACCGCAUCGCCCACGAGAUCCACGUCCGCAUCUGCAACCUGCCGCUGGUCGAGGAGAUCCGCUCCCUCAGGCAGCUCCACCUGAACCAGCUGAUCCGGACCAGCGGCGUGGUGAGCAGCUGCACCGGCGUCCUCCCCCAGCUCGGCAUGGUCAAGUACAACUGUAACAAGUGUAACUUCGUGCUGGGGCCGUUCUUCCAGUCCCAGAACCAGGAGGUGAAGCCGGGCUCCUGUCCCGAGUGUCAGUCCCUGGGGCCCUUCGAGAUCAACAUGGAGGAGACGGUGUACCAGAACUACCAGAGAAUCACCAUCCAGGAGAGUCCUGGUAAAGUGGCCGCCGGCCGCCUCCCGCGCUCUAAAGACGCCAUCCUGCUGGCCGACCUGGUGGACAGCUGUAAGCCCGGAGACGAGAUCGAGCUGACGGGCAUCUACCACAACAACUACGACGGCUCUCUGAACAUGGCGAACGGCUUCCCGGUGUUCGCCACCGUGAUCCUGGCCAAUCACGUCACCCGGCGAGACGAGGGCGUCGCCGUGGCCGAGCUGACGGACGAAGACGUCAAGGCCAUCGUCGCCCUGUCCAAGGACGAGCGCAUCGGAGAGCGGAUCUUCGCCAGCAUGGCUCCGUCCAUCUACGGCCACGAGGACAUCAAGAGAGCUCUGUCGCUGUCGCUGUUCGGAGGAGAGCCCAAGAAUCCAGGUGGUAAACAUAAGGUGCGUGGAGACAUCAACGUGCUGCUGUGCGGAGACCCGGGAACAGCCAAGUCCCAGUUCCUCAAGUACGUGGAGAAGGUGGCGAGUCGUGCGGUGUUCACCACCGGUCAGGGCGCCUCUGCCGUCGGUUUGACCGCCUACGUGCAGAGACACCCGGUCAGCCGCGAGUGGACGCUGGAGGCCGGAGCGCUGGUGCUGGCCGACCGCGGCGUCUGUCUGAUCGACGAGUUCGAUAAGAUGAACGACGCAGACAGGACGAGUAUCCACGAGGCCAUGGAGCAGCAGAGCAUCUCCAUCUCUAAGGCCGGCAUCGUCACCUCGCUGCAGGCCAGGUGCACCGUCAUCGCCGCCUCCAACCCCAUCGGCGGCAGGUACGACCCCUCCCUGACCUUCGCCGAGAACGUCGACCUGACGGAGCCAAUCGUGUCGCGUUUUGACGUGUUGUGCGUCGUCCGAGACACAAUCGACCCCGUGCAGGAUGAGAUGUUGGCGCGCUUCGUGGUCGGCUCCCACAUCAAGCACCACCCCAGCCACAAAGAAGGGGGCGUGGCCUUAGAGGAGGUGGUUCUGCCCAACUCGUCCGACGUGCCGCCGAUCCCCCAGGAGCUGCUGAGGAAGUACAUCAUCUACGCCAAGGAGCGGGUUCAUCCCAAACUGAACCAGAUGGACCAGGACAAAGUGGCUCGCAUCUACAGCGACCUCCGCAAAGAGUCGAUGGCCACAGGCAGCAUCCCCAUCACGGUGCGUCAUAUCGAGUCCAUGAUCCGCAUGGCCGAGGCCCACGCCAAGAUGCACCUGAGGGAUUACGUGCUGGAGGACGACGUCAACAUGGCCAUCAGGGUGAUGCUGGAGAGCUUCAUCGACACGCAGAAGUUCAGCGUGAUGAGGAGCAUGAGGAAGACGUUCGCUCGUUACCUCGCCUUCCGCAGAGACAACAACGAGCUGUUGCUCUUCAUCCUCAAACAGCUGGUGGCGGAGCAGGUGUCCUAUCAGAGGAACCGCUACGGAGUCCAGAACGACACCGUCGAGGUGGCGGAGAAAGACCUGCACGACAAGGCGAGACAGAUCAACAUCCACAACCUGACGGCGUUCUACGACAGCGACCUUUUCCGCUCAAACAAGUUCAGCCACGACGGCAAGAAGAAACUGAUCCUGCAGCAGUUCUAAGAGUCUGCUCCUCCCCGACCUCCUCCUGCUCCCCCUCCCUAAAAUACUACUUCAUGAACUCUAUUUCUUUCCCAAAGUGGGUCAUCGGUGUAAAGAAAAGAAAAGAGCUUGGGGUUCUCAUCAUGUUGAACGGAGUCACCUUUGGGUCUGAACUGAUGGAAGGAAACACACACACACACACACACACACACACACACACACACACACACACACACACACACACACACACACACCACUGGAAACAUCAGUCUGUACUGACCAGAAAUAAAUAACUGACAGAGAAGAUGCACAUUCAGAAAAGAGUCUGAUUCUAAAGUCGCAGACAGCGUUUGCUUUAACAACCCUGAUGAAAGUGAGUUUCUUUAGAGAAAUGUGGAAUAAAAAUCAGAAUCCAACUCUUCAGGUCUCAGGAACAAUCAGCUGAUCUUCCCUCUGUGUGUUUCCUGUCUGUGUGCCCUCAGGUGGGGCUGAUUGUAAAUAGAUGUACAUGUUUAUGUCUGUGUUAUUGUAGAAAAAAGGGUUUAUUGUUUCACCUGUGGUUCCUCUGUCAGCAGCUGGUGUGACGGUACAGGAAGUUUCACUGACUCAGUUUUGUAUUUCAAACCUUUCUUGAGAGAAAUGCAGGUUUUAAUGUCAGAUGAUUAGAAAAAAAAAACCUCAAAGUACUUAAAGAGGUUAAAACAAACCCAUGUGAUGUUUCUACAGUUGGAUUGUAGGUGUGUUUUGAUAUUAAACUUGUGUUUGUUAAACAUC